AUGUUUCCCGUUUGUGCUUGUCUUGUGUGUCUGUAUUCCUGUAAUGUUUCCCGUUUGUGCUUGUCUUGUUGUCUGUAUUCCUGUAAUGUUUCCCGUUUGUGCUUGUCUUGUUGUCUGUAUUCCUGUAAUGUUUCCCGUCUGUGCUUGUCUUGUUGUCUGUAUUCCUGUAAUGUUUCCCGUCUGUGCUUGUCUUGUUGUCUGUAUUCCUGUAAUGUUUCCCGUCUGUGCUUGUCUUGUUGUCUGUAUUCCUGUAAUGUUUCCCGUUUGUGCUUGUCUUGUUGUCUGUAUUCCUGUAAUGUUUCCCGUUUGUGCUUGUCUUGUUGUCUGUAUUCCUGUAAUGUUUCCCGUUUGUGCUUGUCUUGUUGUCUGUAUUCCUGUAAUGUUUCCCGUUUGUGCUUGUCUUGUUGUCUGUAUUCCUGUAAUGUUUCCCGUUUGUGCUUGUCUUGUUGUCUGUAUUCCUGUAAUGUUUCCCGUCUGUGCUUGUCUUGUUGUCUGUAUUCCUGUAAUGUUUCCCGUCUGUGCUUGUCUGGUUGUCUGUAUUCCUGUAAUGUUUCCCGUCUGUGCUUGUCUUGUUGUCUGUAUUCCUGUAAUGUUUCCCGUCUGUGCUUGUCUUGUUGUCUGUAUUCCUGUAAUGUUUCCCGUCUGUGCUUGUCUUGUUGUCUGUAUUCCUGUAAUGUUUCCCGUCUGUGCUUGUCUUGUUGUCUGUAUUCCUGUAAUGUUUCCCGUCUGUGCUUGUCUUGUUGUCUGUAUUCCUGUAAUGUUUCCCGUCUGUGCUUGUCUUGUUGUCUGUAUUCCUGUAAUGUUUCCCGUCUGUGCUUGUCUUCUUGUCUGUAUUCCUGUAAUGUUUCCCGUCUGUGCUUGUCUUGUUGUCUGUAUUCCUGUAAUGUUUCCCGUUUGGUUGCAUGUUGCUACCAACAGGACUCAUUUUAA